UAAAUUCUUAUAAGCAACGGCUCUCAGUGUACUUGAAAGCUUCACAUACAUAUGUCGUGUCAAUAGUUGUCUGAAUUUGUUGUAUUCUUUUUAGAAAAAGAAAUGAAAAACAUAUAAAGCGUUAUAAAUCAGAUGUGCCGGUCCUUUGAAGUUUAUCUAUAAGUUUUUAUUUAUCUGUGUACAUGCGUUUUUUGUUUGCACCUACAUUCACACAUAAAUUCCAACAAAUUUAUGCGAGUAUAUAGGGAAUUUGUGUAGUAUCUAAAUUUAUUUCUAUACAUGAACUCAUACAAAUUCCGAAGGAGGAGUACCAGAACGCAAGGAAACACAAGUAUAAAAAGUGAACAAAAAGCACUAUUCUAUGGAAAUAGUAAAGCAGAGUAACAGACUACCAGAGACGAGAAAAGAAAGGAGGCACAAUAAUGAGACGAGACAACAAAAUAUAAAGUAAUAUAGGCCGCAGCAUCAUCAUAUCAUAUUCACUUAAUCAGCAGUGAUCAUACCUAAAACUGAAAACAGAAAACUGAAAACAGAAAACAGAAAAAUGAAGUAACCAAAAGUGAAGUAAAGUUGAAGUUACUCGCAAACCAGAAUAACAAGAAUUUUGGUACCUGUUUGUCGGUAUGUGCAGUGCCGUGCCGUGUCGUGCCGCUGAUGUUGAAGUAGAAGUCGGUGUCAGUGUCGCUGUCGCUGUUGUUGUUGUUGUCAGUGUCGGUGUCGGUGUCGGUGUCGGUGUCGGUGUGUAUAGAAACUGAAAGGUAGACGUAGAUUCGUUGGUGCGGCUCGUUGUUUUGUGUAUUGUAGCCAUAUUCAAAAGAAUUUAGACUUUGUGCCAAGCCAAAUCGAAAUGUAAAUCGCUAAAAGAAAAGAGCAGGUCAGAUUUACACGAUAAAUACAAAAAGAAAAAAAUAAUAAAAACAAAAAGUGAGAAGUAAAGAAAACAAGUAUCUGAAAUGUUGAAGAUUUGUUAUAGAAUGCGUUGUAUCAGACGUAAAUAAGUGUGUAAGCGCCCAUUUCCAUGCGCAGCACAUGGAGGCAGUAGUGAGCGUACUAUUCAGUAUUCAGUCUAAUCUCACAAACCAGUGCGAAAUGUCGAUCAUUCCACUUUGGUGAAUUGUUGAAUUGCUGUUGAAUUAUUUUUGCAUUGAAAUAAAUAGAAUAAAUAAAACUCAGAAUUCAUAACUAUAAAUUUUUUUGAAACUUGUGUAAAUUUUUUUAUUAAAAACAAAACAAUUUUGAUAUAACGAAUGUUUGCGUCAUUUUAGUAGAUGCAAUAUAAUGAAUGCGUUCUUAAAUAGAUAAUAGACAAGUAAAUCAAAAACAAAGUUUGAAAAUAUCUACAAAAAAAUAUACGCAUUAUUACAUUUAAAUGUUAUCGACUGUUGAUAGUUUUGGUCCUGUGACGGGUCCGUCGGCUGCACUUGCAUAUGCUCAUCAUCAUCAUCACCAUCACAACACAUAUACAAUUGCUGCCAUUGCAGCCGCAAAUGCCACAAUACCACAAACUCCACUUCUGCAGACAGUACCCACCAAAGCGGAGCACCUACAACAAAGUCAUCUUAUACAGCAGGCACUCAUAGCUACACCCAUAAUUACAGCACCUUUUGUGGACUCCCUUACAAAUAAAUUUUUAAAGCAAAAUGUUUCAUUGAAUAGUUCGCAACACUUGAACCAAUUAAGUCACACCUAUAUACCACAAACAAUCAAUAACAAUUUAAAACGUUUGAAGUUGAAGGAAGACCUCGAGUCUGACAUGUCUAUUAACACUUUUUUGCAACCAAAUCCAAAACAGCACCGAUUUAAUGGCACCAUUCCAGAGAACCAAAGCUCCAAAAAUUGUUAUCAACAACCCAUUAGUAAUAAUAACAAUUACUAUGCGAAUGAUAACUCUGGCGCCAUGAACUUAGUUACGACUGGUGCAAAUUCCAAUAGUUCAACCCACAAUCUAGAACGUGAUCAUUCUACAUCAUGUUCACCAGUCGACAUCGAAAAUGAUGACAGCAUGUCACCGCAUAGCAUUCCUGCACCCACGCGAAAACCUGUUGAUAUAGCUUUAAUGCACCAACCUCUGGCAUCCAAUGAGCCAACUAAUAUAACAGCUACAAAUGCUUUGCCAACAACUUAUCCGUUUAAUUACGCUCACUUGUACGCAAACGGUGCAGCAUUGUACAGUGCACCUCUUGUAUUUUCCGCUCAUCAGACUCAUCACCAAACACCAAACGAUAUUGCCAGUUCACAUGAAACUUACUUAAAUGCUUUACAUGCUCAUCAUAAUAUUGAAUCUGGCGAAGCAAACUCAUUUUCAGCAGAGUAUAUCAAAGCUGCCAUGGCUGCUGGUAUACUUAAUUCAGCGCAAACCCACCAUUUAACUCAGUCACAUAAAAAUGUUUUGUCGUCAUAUAAAAGCAAUUCUGCUCUUCCAUUUACAAUGACGCCGGCAUACACCAGAACUACUAAAUCUCCAAAUACCUCAAAUAAUCAGAGACAAAAAUCUGAAAGCGAUACGAAAACCACCACUACUCCAAUGAUUAAAUAUUCCACGGGCACAUAUCUUAACGAUAAAGUCAAUAUAUCGAAUAACGAAAGCGGCACAAAUAAUUAUUUUAAAGUGCCCAAUGGCAAGGAAGGAUCACUUAAACAUCGCAUACUCACCCGUCCAACAAAUACAGAGUCACCAGAAAUUACAAAAAAUUCAGUCAUGAGAACCUACAACACUACUUCCAACUUUAUUAAAGGGUCUUAUAUUGAGUUGUCAAACGGUGUGUUGCGAAAAGUUGAGGACAUGCGAACUGAAGAUUUUAUAUCAUGUGCCGAACGCAGCCAGCAUCAUCAGCUAGCCGAAUCGACAGUGGUUAAAAUAACUUCCACACCUAAUAAAACUGUGGUUAUACAGUUUAGUUACGAUAAAAAUCGUUCGAAGGUGGACAUUGAAGUAUCUUCCGAUCAUCCUUUUUUCGUAUAUGGCCAGGGCUGGGCUUCCUGCAAUAUUGAAAAAUCCUUAGAAGCUUUUGGAUUAAAAUGUCAGCGACUUCAAGUUGGAGAUAUAUGCAUUUCCUUGACUCAACGAAAUCAAACAAAUAUAAGCAGAACACCAAAAUCAACUGUAGAGCAAUCAACUUCCUGGACUAAUUUAAGCAUGAAGCCGAGUAAUGCGAACGGAUAUACGCACAAUGAUAUCAAACUCAACUCUGAUCAUUUAGAUAUAAGCACAGAGCCAGAUAAUCUUUCUAUGCCUAAACCAACAAAAAAUGAUUUUCAACGUGGAACGCCAAAUAUGCCUAACAACAGCAUUUACACAGUUGCAAACCAAUCCGCUGACUCAAGCGAUCAAACUACUGAUGUUAUAUCCCGUAAACGACGUUGGUCUGCACCAGAGAGUUGAAUGAUUUGUAACACUUGUAUAAUAUUAAUAUAACAUCUUCAAGUAGUCACUAUUGAAUAUUCAUAUGGGAAAUAUUAAUAUUGUUUCUCAACAUGCAAAGAUUAUUGCACAAACCACAAAGACUGUCGCAAGAAAUAUUAAAUAAACGGGAUACCCAAACUACAUAUGAAGAUCUCAAAAUAUAAUAAGAUAACAGUACUAGAGAGUUCCGUAUAUGUCUUCCUCCUAAAGUUUACGAACGAUUUUUAAGUCGAUCAAAUUCAUUCUGUAAACUUAAUGUUAUAAUGUAAGGAUUUAGUAUUUAAGAUACGAGUAUAGUCAUGAUAAUUUAAUGUUCUCCUUGUAUAUAGCAUAAGUUAUUUUAUGUAAUAUUAAUAUAUAUGUGCA